AUGACGGAGAUUGACUGUGACGUCCUUAUUUAUGGAGGAACUCCUGGUGCUGCCGGCACUGCUGUCGAAAGUGCAAAGCUCGGACAUAAGGUUCUUCUUGUGCCGUCUGAUGAGCAUAUUGGCGGUGUUCAAGUCAAUGGCCUAGGCGCUAUGGAUAUUGAUCGCCAGGCCGGGUUUCAGAAUAGCCCGAGCGUCGGAGACGCCGGUCUAGAACUACGCCGCCGUACCAGCGCUAUUUAUGGUCGCUUGGAGACGGUGGUUAAGAAGGACAUCAAAGAUCCAUCAGUCUGGCAGUUUGAGUCCAGAGUGGCUGAGAGUAAUAUUAAAGAUUGGUUGGCAGAGUCCCCUAAUAUUCAAAUCAUCAAGGCGUCCCUGGCAAGGGGUAAAACUGUCGACAAGAGCGACGUCAAAGUGACCAAAGUUUUCAUCGACGCCACUUGCGAGGGUGACCUCCUGGCCGCUACGGGAAUAUCAACCACGUACGGGAGGGAAGCAAGUUCUGUCUAUGGCGAAAGUCUGACAAGAGUGCGCCACGAAACCAUUUACAGCCAGAUCCAAGUCCCAGUUGAUCCGUACCGAACACCAGGCGACCCAUCCAGCGGUCUGCUCUAUGGAAUUUCCGAUGAGCCGUUUGGCACACCAAGACAAGGUGAUAAUCAUCUCAUGGCAUUUUCCUUUCAACUUCCGUUGACGGACAACAAAGACAAUCAACUGCCAAUAUACAAGCCUGAAGGCUAUGACCCAAGUCAUUAUGAAUUGUACAGAAGGCAUGCGCAGGCCGGAGGCAGGCUUUCCACACCGAUUGUUCGGAUUCCAGGUAGGAAAGCCGAUGUCGACGGGUGUGAAUCACCGCUACAUCUAGACCUGCUUUCAUUCCACGAGGAAUGGCAACGUUUCGGCUACCCGCUCGACGAGUUACCCGACAACAACCACUUCCCACGCAUGCUGUAUAUCUGCGACGCUCGCAGGAUGGUCUCCGACUACGUCAUCAGACAGGGCAUGGCUGUCCAGGGCGUUCCGUAUGAUAUUUUGAAAGAGAAACUCCUGGUGCGAGGCGCCCUGUUUGAUGCGUCCAAGGUGGGCGUGCCAUCGUUUCCUGAUGAUGAGAAGGUCCUCAACUAG